GUGACGUCUCUGCGUCUAGGCUGCCAUAAUGGGGUUGCAGCUGUUCAGGGAGCAACAAUAACAAGAUCGGCGAGCUUCAGUACAUAAACACAGCAGUAGAAACCCCCUAACGAGCAAGAUUUCUGUGGCUUUGCCAUUCCAUUGAACACCCGAACCACAGCCUUCUUGUUGCAGAGGUUCCCGGCGAGAUAACUCUGGCCUCCGCUUCCUCCUCUUCCGACUCGGAAACCGGCGGAGCUUCGCCGCCCCCGCGGAAGAAACACCGUUUAUCGGUGGCGGAGGGAGCAGGAGAGACCGGGGAUCCAAGUGGAACAGCGGGCCUCUCUGCGGUUCUUGUGGAACUCUCGGAACUCUCUACUUUUUCGCCCAAUCCCUCCGUGUCCACCAUCUGCUUUAACCCAUACACUAUAACUAACAUCAGCAUAAGUAACAUGCAGGCAAACGGGGCAGGACAGGGACAAGACUCGGAGCUGUCCUGCCUAAAUAACACCCAAAACGGCGACUCGACGUCCACUGGGGGAGCGCACUCAAACGGCCUUAUAGCCACAACAAACAAUGGAAAUGCAGUUAGUACUAACAACGGCAUCGUGUCUACGGGAAAUUCAGACGCUUCUAAUGCCACAACAUCUAACUCAGAGCCAGGCUCUUCGAUGAAAAAGAAGAAGCGUCUUUCGCAGUCAGAGGAAGAUGUCAUCCGACUCAUAGGGCAACAUCUACACGAUUUAGGGCUGAAUCAGACGGUGGACCUGCUAAUGCAAGAAUCGGGUUGCAGGCUGGAGCACCCAGCUGCCACUAAGUUCCGCAGUCAUGUAAUGGAAGGAGAAUGGGACAAGGCUGAAAGUGACCUCAAUGAACUCAAAGCACUGAUGCACUCUCCUGGAGCUAUCGUGCGCAUGAAGUUCCUACUGCUGCAGCAAAAGUAUCUGGAGUACCUUGAGGACGGGAAGGUUCUGGAGGCUCUACAGGUGCUGAGAGCUGAACUCACCCCACUGAAGUACAACACGGAGAGGAUUCACGUCCUCAGCGGGUAUCUGAUGUGCAGUCAUGCAGAGGACCUGCGGGCCAAGUCUGAGUGGGAGGGCAAGGGGACUGCCUCUCGCUCGAAACUACUGGACAAGCUACAGACGUACCUGCCGCCCUCCGUGAUGUUGCCCCCGCGGCGGCUGCAGACCCUCCUCCGCCAGGCGGUGGAGCUGCAGAGGGAGCGCUGCCUCUACCACAACACCAAGCUGGACGGCAGCCUGGGCUCCGUGUCCCUGCUCCUGGACCACGUCUGCAGCAGUUCAUCCCUCUAUACCCAUAGGAAACAGUUCCCCUGCUACACCCAGCAGAUACUCACAGAGCACUGUAACGAGGUCUGGUUCUGCAAGUUUUCCAACGACGGCACCAAACUGGCCACCGGAUCCAAAGACACCACCGUCAUUGUGUGGCAGGUUGACGCUGAGACACAGCAGCUCAAGCAGCUCAAGACCCUGGAGGGCCACGCCUACGGAGUGUCCUACCUUGCCUGGAGCCCUGAUGACACCUACCUGAUCGCCUGCGGACCCGACGACUGCUCCGAGCUCUGGCUCUGGAAUGUACAGACAGGGGAGCUGAGGACCAAGAUGACCCAGUCCCACGAGGACAGCCUGACCAGCGUGGCCUGGAACCCCGACGGCAAACGCUUCGUCACCGGUGGCCAGAGGGGACAGUUCUACCAAUGUGACCUGGAUGGGAAUCUGCUGGACUCGUGGGAAGGCGUGCGUGUCCAGUGUCUGUGGUGCCCGGGUGAUGGACGUACCGUCCUGGCAUCUGACACGCACCAGCGUAUCCGUGGUUACAACUUCGAGGACCUCACAGACAGGAACAUAGUGCAGGAAGACCAUCCCAUAAUGUCCUUCACUGUGUCAAAGAACGGGCGCUUGGCUCUGUUGAACGUAGCAACUCAGGGUGUGCAUCUGUGGGACCUGCAGGACCGUGUGUUGGUGAGGAAGUACCAGGGAGUCACCCAGGGCUUCUACACCAUACACUCCUGCUUUGGAGGACACAACGAGGACUUCAUCGCCAGCGGCAGUGAAGACCACAAAGUGUACAUCUGGCACAAGCGCAGUGAGCUGCCCAUUGCGGAGCUGACCGGACACACACGCACAGUCAACUGUGUGAGCUGGAACCCUGUGCUGCCUGGCCUCAUGGCCAGCGCCUCCGACGACGGCACCGUCCGAAUCUGGGGCCCAGCCCCCUUUCCAGACACGCAAGACUCUGAGGGGCUCAACGAAUGUUGUAGCAUGGACAGCUGAUGGUGACUCCAAAUCAGAAGACCUGUUGUGUCAAGAGUUACAAAACAACGUAACAGUCACUAUAGACAAUAGAAGCAUUGAAUCAAGAUUAAUGCGGCGAA